CCUGCGCCAGACCAUGCAGACAUAUAUGAAAAGCAUAACACGACUUUGAGCACCCUUUAAUUUUUUCAAUAUCUCUCUCUCUCUCUUUCUCUCAGCGAAGACGCGGCGAGGAUCGAAAUGAGUCGGUCACAAGAGGGAUCGCUGAUAUACAGCUUCGUGGCGCGGGGCACGGUGGUGCUGACCGAGCACACGCAGUUCACCGGGAACUUCCCGGCCAUCGCCACCGAGUGCCUCCAGCGACUCCCCUCCGGGAGCAGCAAGUACACCUACAAUUGCGACGGGCAUACUUUCAAUUUCCUGGUCGAGGACGGCUACGCUUACUGCAUCGUUGCUACUGAAUCUGCGGGCAAGCAAAUCCCAUUUGCGUUUUUGGAGCGUUUAAAAGAGGACUUCAAGAAAAGAUACGGAGGCGGGAAAGCGGAUACAGCUGUCGCCAAAAGUCUCAGUAAGGAGUUCGGGCCUGUAAUGAAAGAGCAGAUGAAGUACACCAUAGACCAUGCUGAGGAGAUUGAUAAGAUGAUGAAAGUGAAGGCUCAAGUUUCACAAGUCAAGAACAUAAUGAUGAAUAACAUCGACCAGGCAAUGGAUAGGGGGAUAAAACUUACAGUUCUAGAGGACAAAGCUGAGAAUCUCCAUAACGAGGCUCAGAUAUUCAAGACAACGGGGGGAGCAAUCCGGCGGAAGAUGUGGUAUCAGAACAUGAAGAUCAAGUUGGCUGUGCUCGGGAUCGUGCUGCUUCUCGUGCUGAUAAUCUGGCUCUCUAUAUGCAAAGGGUUCAAUUGCAGCAAUUAGUCACGUUUGUGCACGUGCCGACUAUAGUCGAGUCUUGCGACGUUCAUGAAUCUACACACUUUCUCAAUCUCUUCUAGUCGGCUUGAGAGUUUUGUCAUCGUCAAAAUUUCGCUCCUUGUGCGCUAGCACACACGAGUGCUUGUACCUGGAGGGACAUAUUGACUGUUGUAUUCUGUUCUUGUUCAUAUAGUAAAUUGAUUUUUCAAA